GCCUGGCGGAGCCAUGGCGGCCGUGCGGGGCCUGCGGAUCUCGGUGAAGGCGGAGGCGAGCACGACCGCGGCGGAGCCGCGCGGCCCCGAGCCCGAGCCCAUGGAGGUGGAAGAGGGAGAGCUGGAGACCAUCCCUGUGAGGCGCUCGCUGCGGGAGCUCAUCCCGGACACCAGUAGGAGAUAUGAAAACAAAGCUGGAAGUUUCAUCACUGGAAUAGAUGUAACCUCCAAGGAAGCAAUUGAGAAGAAGGAACAAAGAGCCAAACGCUUCCAUUUUCGGGCUGAGGUGAAUCUGGCUCAGAGGAAUGUGGCCCUGGACCGGGACAUGAUGAAGAAAGCAAUUCCUAAAGUAAGACUGGACACCAUUUACAUUUGUGGAGUGGAUGAGAUGAGUACCCAGGACAUCUUUGCCUAUUUCAAAGAGUAUCCUCCUGCUCAUAUCGAGUGGCUGGAUGACACCUCAUGUAAUGUGGUCUGGCUUGAUGAAGUGACAGCAACACGGGCUCUAAUAAAUAUGAGCUCCCUGCCUGAUCAGGAGAAAACAAAGAGCAGAGAAAACAAUAAAGAGAAGACGGCUGAAAAAACCAAGAAAGAAAAACAGGAGGAAAGCUCUGAUGAUGAGACAGAAGAAGGCGAGGUUGAGGAUGACAAUCCCAGUGAUGUGGAGUUGGAUGCGCUCUCCCAAGUCGAAGAGGAUUCUCUCCUACGUAACGACCUUCGCCCUGCCAAUAAACUGGCUAAAGGAAACAAGCUGUUCAUGAGAUUUGCUACUAAAGAUGACAAAAAGGAGCUGGGAGCUGCAAGGAGAAGCCAGUAUUACAUGAAAUAUGGCAAUCCAAAUUAUGGAGGCAUGAAAGGAAUUCUUAGCAAUUCUUGGAAGAGGAGGUACCAUUCCCGUCGGAUCCAUCGGGAUGUGAUCAAGAAGAGGACGCUGAUCGGGGACGAUGUGGGCUUGACUCCUCCCUACAAACAUCGGCACUCGGGCUUGGUAAAUGUUCCCGAAGAGCCCAUUGAGGAGGAAGAGGAGGAGGAGGAGGAGGAGGAUCAGGACAUGGAUGAAGAUGACAGAGUGGUGGUGGAGUACCGGGAUGAGCUGCAGGCUUUCAAGCAGUCGCGGGAGCGCAGCGCCGCGAGGAGAUCCAGCGCCAGCGCCUCUGACUCGGAUGAGAUGGACUACGACCUGGAACUGAAAAUGAUUUCCACCCCCUCGCCCAAAAAAAGCAUGAAGAUGACCAUGUAUGCAGAUGAGGUGGAGUCACAGCUGAAAAAUAUUAGGAAUUCCAUGCGAGCAGAUAGCAUAGCCACCAGCAACAUCAAAAACAGGAUUGGCAGCAAGGGAUCCUUGGAGAAAGUUGCAGAUGUGAGGCUCCUGUUGGAAGAGAAACGUCAGAGUAACUCUGGGCCACGGCAGCCAAACAGCACUGUCAAAUCAGAUGUGAGGCAGAGACUGGGAAAAAGGCCACACUCUCCAGAAAUCAAAGCUCCAAGCAGUACCUGUGCUCCUCGUCGAGAGCCAAUCUCAGAUGUGCACAGCAGGCUGGGAAUCCCCAAACAAGAUGUAAAAGGCCUCUACUCUGACACCAGAGAGAAGAAAUCAGGUAAUUUAUGGACCAGAUUGGGGUCUGCUCCAAAGACACAAGAAAAGGCUCCAGAGAAAGCUGAAAACUCUGUGGCAUCUCCAGAGGAAGAUGACUCUGAGCUGCAGAGGGUUUGGGGCGCUCUCAUUAAGGAAAAAGAACAGUCCAGGCAAAAAAAGAGUCGCUUGGAUCAUUUACCCUCCCUACAGAUCGAGAUCAGCCGGGAAAGCAGCUCCGGCUCAGACUCUGAAUCAUGACUGGUUCCACAGCCUGACCCUCCAGGGGGGGACUCUGCAGCGUGGCAGGAUCCCCUCUGCCCGAAAGCUGGACACUGGCAAAGACUCUGCAGUGAAGGUUCCAGAAAUGUCUCUGUUCCUUUUCUACAACAAGAGAGGCAUAAACCACUUGAAACCUAAAGCAGAGACGUUUGUCUGGAGUCUGUGGCUGGCCCUGUGCUCUGUGGGGCAUUGUCAUCUCUGUUUGUGACAGCAAACCUGUAGUGAAUUGUAGCAAAACAUUUUCUCCCCCGAGCUUUGAACUUAAAAGAUGAGGCAGAAAUGCUCUGUGUUUUUAAGGAGACCUUUUCUGUUCUUGAUAUUUUCAUCAUGGAGGCUUUCAACAAAACGUUUUACACACUUCAUCCAAAGAACAGGGCGUUUCAUUAUCCAGAUCAUUGCCUUGCCCUUCUGGCUCUUACCAGCACCUUUCCUUUCCUCUUGAAGUAAUAACAAUAAAGCUUCCUGGGUGGGCAGCCAGCAAGGAUAAAGCAUGAAGGGAUUGAUUGUCACAUUCCCUUCCUCCAACACACUGAAUGUAAACCCAAGUUACACUUUUGAAUACAUUCAGGUUCCAUGUAGUUAUCCCAGUGGCACCACCAGAAUCCAAGGGAUCUUGCUCAUUUAUUUUGGUGAUGCCACGUUUUGCUGUAGCAGGGAUUGAGAUGUUCAGGACUGCCAAGCUGGAUGUUUGACAAUUGUGUAAAACCCUGAGGGUUUGGGGUUUUGUUUUGGUUUUUUUUUUUUUGCUGUUGUUCCAUGAGGAGACAUUAUAUUGCUUUCAUUCCACCUGGAUUAUGUCCUAAAGCAGUCCAACAGCUGGAAAACAUUUUUAUAUUUCUGAGAAUCUUGCUGUUGGUGAAAGCUCUGGUGGUGUGCUCUAUCUAUAUAGAAGUGAAAGAGAAAAGGAAACCUUUAGGAUCACUGUCUCCUGUCAAUAUUUUGGAUGUUCUUCCUGUAUAGUACACGUGGAUGUCGACAUGAGUGAUUGUUCCAUUCAGCUUUUUUACCUGCACAUUUUCGCCCCUCCCUGGGUAGGACAAGGGUUUGAUCAAUGUGCAACUGCUGAUUUUUUGGGUUUUUUUCCAUGUUGCCAGUAAUUCUGAGUGAGGAAUAAUGCAGCACAUCACAUUCAGGUAAACAACAGGUAGCAAAACCAUUUUUAUAGUCUGAAAUCUGUUUGCAGUGUUCCUUGGUUCUGUCAGUCCAAAAUACCUGUGAACUUCUCUUCCCAUUUCUGCUUUUUAACAAGCAAAUUUUUCCCCCCUUUUUUUUUUUUUCCCCCCCCUAUUUUUGUACUAAGUUGAAGUAGGUUUGAGGUUUCAGCGAGGAAUCUGCAAGAUUAACUUUUUUUAUGCUUUAUGAUGUGUGAGGAUAGCAGCAUGUAAAAUGAAAGGUCAGAUGACAGGCACAGUGACUGGAGGGGCAAUCUGGGGGCUGGCCAGGCUUCAAGCCUUACUCUUCCCUUGUUUUGUGACACUCAUCCUUGAUUUUCUAUUUAAUUAUUGACUAUAUAAAUGUCUCAUAAAAGCACUGUCGAGAGAAACGCCUGCAAUGUCUGAUCACUGUAAUAAGUCAUUUUAAACGUGUGCUUUCGUUGAUGUCCUCUCCCCAAGCCUCCCCAGAGAAUCACGCCCGUCUCUCCAGAUCCUGAUAAAAUUUAUUUAACCCGUGUCUUUUUGCCGGUAAACCUCUGUGUUGUGUCAC